UUGAAUGGAGGGUGAAAGACAGAGGUACUCAUCCAGCAAUCGCUUUCUGGAAUUCUGGAGUUUUUGGGAAUCCAUAGAGCUGGCUGUAGUUGUCCCGGAGGUGUGUCCGACAUUUAUUGCGGACGUUUGUCAAGAUUUUCUCCUUUCUGUCACACUUUGAACGAUUUGACGCGAGCGAGCCAUCAGCCAUCACCAUGAGUGCUACCGAAGCCGACACGGGCAUCGACUUCAUCCAGACUCGGAUCGAGUCCCUGAGCAGUAAGAUGGACCAUCUCAUCAGCAUUCAGGAGAAGGUCCUCAAUCGACUGGACGGCAUGUCGCAAGACAUCGACGGCAUCGAGCGAGACGUCGAGACGCUGAAGGUGGACAAGGAGGAGAUCCACGUGCCGCCUCCGCCGCGCGUGCCCGCCGUGAAGGAGCUGUGCCAGGAGAUGAGCAGCAUCAUGUCGGUGGUGAGCCAGCGCUCGGAGCAGCAGGCCCAGAAGCUGGAGGGCAUGGAGAAGCUGGUGCUCAGCAUCCAGCAGGUCAUCAGUGUCAUCGGCGAGACCGUCAAGAACUCCAAAAUCAUGGAGCUCAUAUGCAAAAAGCCGGCGGCGCGCAAGAACAAAGUCGUCUCCACUCCCAUGCCCAGGAGCAAGGAAAGUAAGAGCAAAGCGGCCGGUGCCACCAAGAAACCGGACAAGAAACAUACCUCUACUAAAGCCACUAAAGAAACCCAAGACCCAAGCCCAGCAUGGGAAGUGAGCAUCUUGUCGACUCCCAAGUCUAGGCUCCACGGACCAAAACAUUUGCAUUCUCGCAAAAAUGGAGACUUUUUGAGAGAUCAUAAAGGCAAAGAUGGGAAAGAGAAAUCUCGUUUGAGCAUUAAGGACCUGAAAGCCCAGAAGAAGAAGAAGCCUUCCGAGGCCCAAGACACCAUCUCUGUGAAGAAGCAGGCCCUGCUGCUUGAGGAGGUGCAGAAACUGAAUAGAGAUAAUGCAGAGCGCUCAAGUGUGCUGCUGGUCCAGGCAUGCUUGGACCUGGAGGCCGGCGGAACCAUGGUGGACAAGCCACAAGAGUCGCCCGUGACGCCGAGCGCAGUGGACUUCAUCCUGGAGGUGCCUAAGCCACCCGAGACUGAGCAGGAGAGAGCGCCAGAGGAGGAGCAGAAGGAGGCAGAGGUUGUGGCCCAGGAGGUGAAAGAGGCAAAGGAGGAGGAGAAGAUGGAGGAGGAGAUCCCAGUGGCUGCAAAGGAGGAGGUCAGGGAGGAGGAGAAGAGCGUGGAGGCACCCGAAGUCGAGCUGAAAGUCAAGGAGGAGCUGACGGUGGAGAAGGUGCAGGAGGUAGAAGCUCCCAGCGAACGCACUCUAGAGCCUGAGGAGCCCGCGAGGCCGGCGUCUCCUCAGACUGACAGCGGGGCCGCUCCGGCUGAGCCUGUCACUUCGCUGAGCGCUGAGGAGGUGGACGCGGAGCAGGCCGACGAAGUGAACACCAGCACCAAGCGCAGAGUCACAGAGGAGGACCAGGGGGCAGAGGACCACAAGAAGAGCCGAGUCGAGGAUGGACAGGAGGGAGAGAAGGCUAAGCAGGAGGAGGAGGAUCUGCGCGGCUUCUUCAAAACAGCAGACGGAGUGGAGCUCGAGUUGGACUUCAACAAGCAGAAGCCAAAAGUCGCUGACGACAAAGAGGAAGAAGACACUGAGGGGGAGCAAUACUUUUUUGACAGCAGCCCGCCGCCACCUGCUCCGUUUGGUCACCGGAUUGUGGCUGCAAAGCCUAGCCAGAUCAACAGCUUCUAUACCAUCAACAGACAAGAAAUUAUUGGAGGAGGUCGUUUUGGUCAGGUGCACAAAUGCGUAGAAAAUUCUUCUGGACUCACUCUAGCAGCCAAGAUCAUCAAAGCCAGAACUCCAAAAGAAAAGGAGAUUGUGAAGAAUGAGAUUCAUGUCAUGAAUCAGCUGGAUCAUGCCAAUCUCAUCCAGUUAUAUGCUGCGUUUGAAUCCAGGAUGGAUAUAAUCUUGGUCCUAGAAUUCAUAGAUGGUGGGGAGCUCUUUGACAGGGUCAUUGAUGAGAACUACACUCUGACAGAGCUUGAUACAGUAAUGUUCAUCAGGCAGAUCUGUGAAGGACUACGCCACAUGCACAAAAUGUAUUUCCUCCAUCUGGAUCUGAAGCCUGAGAACAUUCUCUGUGUAAGCCGAGUCACAAACAAAAUCAAGAUCAUUGACUUUGGGCUUGCUAGGAAAUAUAACCCCAGAGAGAAGUUAAAGGUGAGUUUUGGUACCCCUGAAUUCUUGGCCCCCGAAGUGAUCAACUUCGACUACGUCUCGUUCAACACAGACAUGUGGAGCUUGGGAGUCAUCACUUACAUGCUUCUCAGCGGUCUGUCCCCCUUCCUUGGAGACGAUGACAGCGAGACUCUUAACAACAUUCUUCAGUGCCAGUGGAACUUCGAGGAAGCCGAGUUCAUUGGCAUAUCGGAUGAGGCCAAGGACUUCAUCUCCAAACUCCUUCUUGUCAACAAAAGUUGGCGGAUAGGUGCUGCACAAGCUCUCAAGCACCCCUGGUUGUCAGACGCAGCCCUCCAUCACCGCCUUCGCGAAAAGAAAAACAUGUGCCGCUCACGCCGGAACUCUUGUGUUCCACCUCCUGAGAGCUAAUGUUUCUGGAGAAGUCGAAUGGCUCACUGGACCAAUCUGUAGUAUUUCAUUUCUGUACAUCAGUAGGACCGUAGGACACUACCGCACCCGAUCGCUUGGACAGCCACAGAUUUUAGACAUUAACUAUGAUCACAGUGGCUUUAGCUGGAGAUCCACAUUCACAGUCUGAUUUAGUGGUAUAAUACCACACAUCUUGGCAAGUAACAAGCAAAAAAUAUUGUCUGUAGACUGUUUUAUUUUGUGAAAGUAGGAUUGCAAUUGAUGUCCUAUCAUUUGUUUAUUACCUUGUGUUAUGAUUAGUAGUGGGAGAAGCAGUAGAAACUGUUAUUGGCCGGGUUUCCCAGAUUUAGAUAGUAAUACACAUGUACGCUUUUGCCUUUAACUGAACAGCAUAGAACUGUGAAUGGACAUUUGGACAUUGAUCACAAUGAUAUUUAGAUGGAUAAAAUUGAAAAUAAUAAUGACAUUGUUGAUGUUGAUGUUUCAACCAGUGUAAUGAGGUGAUUUUCGUUCUGUCUUAGAAGUUUGGUUGUGAUUUUUUUUAGCUUUCAGAGGACAUUUUGUAAAUACACAGUAUAAAUAUUUUCCAGUUGCGUUUUGAAAGCAUUUCCCCAUUGUCCUCUCCUCCCUUGGUGAACGUGGCCCCCUGUAGGUCGUCUUUGCAUCUUACAGCAGUAGUGAACUACUGCACACCUGCUCACAAAUGUACUCAGUUAUUUACUGUCUUGUGAUCUAUGGUUGACAUGACUAGGAUAAUUUAGAAACAUUUUGAGAAUAUGCGCACAGGAAAUCUAUUUCACUAAUGUUUGAUAAAUUAAACUAGUAUGUCAAAUUGUAUGCCUUUCUCAAUGAAUUGUAGUUUUAAUCUCCUCAGACAAAAAAUUCAAAUUAUUUUUCCUUUUAGUAAAUUGUCAUUGCAGUAAUGCUGUUCACUGACUUUUUUGUAGAAGGAAUCAUGAUCAUAUUGUUUAAAGUGCAGAAAUUAAAAGGAUAUCGAUAUUUACUUGAUAGAAUGCUUGAACUGAACCAUUGGGGUGUAGGGUAUUUGUCAAUGUGAAGAAAUUAACAGACUUAGUGUGUGUUAUUGUUGAUAUAAGCUGUUGCCUGUGCACUUUAUUAUGUUGUUUUUUAACACCGAUAAUCCUAAAUAACACAGAAUUUAGAAUUAUAUAAAAACAUUACUAGUAUAUUUAUAUAUAAAUAAUAUUUUAUAGGCCUGAUGCCCUGUUACUUUCUACAUAGGAAAGGUUGUGUGUACAGAAUAAGAAAAAAGAUUUUUACUUUAUAUUAAAAUUAUUCAAGUCUUAUGGUGCCUAGUCUUUUUUCCCAUCUGCACGGCCUGCAUGUUUCCUGAACUGGCCUCUCAGAUAUGACAUACGAGAUUGUGACACUGGAAAUGUGAUUUGAUUUUGAGCUGCAUGGUAUUUUAAUUAGCAUUUUGCUCGUUCAUAGUAAAUCAACUUCCCUUUGUAUCUUAUUUUUUAUUCUAAUUAACCACUGUUCCUCUGUUAAUUUCCCCCGGUUUGCUUUAUGACUGUAGUGCCCCAGUCCUGUCUGACACUUGAAACUAGUUCUAAAUAUUCAGAGCUCCUUCUUUGUGAUUCGAUCUCUGAUAUGUGUUGCUUGGUAAUGGUAUUAAUUCAUAAUAGUGCACGCAUUUAUAUAU